CAUGUGAUCCUGACGGAUCGUGCGGAACGCGUAUAAUUUCGUCUCGCAGAUUUUUCUUCUUUUUCGACGCAGCUGCGAAGUUUUUGCACAGAACGAUGGACAUCACGACGGUGAAAUGCAUCGUCCUCAUGGCGACCCUGUUGGUGACCAUGGUCUUCAGCCUCUUGCCGCUCAGGAUGAUGGCAACGUACAGGCACACCCAGGACAUGGCUAAACGCGCCAAGUUUUCCCAGUUUAUUGGUUUGAUGAGCUGUUUUGCUGGAGGAGUUUUCAUGGCCACUGGUCUCCUUGACCUUUUCCCUGAGGUUCAAGACAAUGUGGAAAAGGGACUGGACUUGCUGCAUAUACAUACAUCAUUUCCAGUACCAGAGUUCAUCGUCGUCUUUGGUUUCUUAUUUGUUGUGGUUCUUGAGCAGAUUGUCUUGGACUGCAAACACAGCGACCAACCUAUAGCUCACGAAGUCCCGCAAGCAGACUUGGAGCAAAGCACAGAAGUUCUCGAGGACGGCGAAAGGUCCCUAGGGUCCGAAAUCCCAGAUCCUACCGAUCAUGUCCAUCCAAGCCUAAGGUCCGUCCUUUUGGUGGCUGCCUUGUCUCUGCACUCCGUUCUAGAGGGGGUGGCCAUCGGCCUGCAGCCAAGUGUGGACAGCGUAGUGCAGAUCUCGGCAGCAGUGAUGCUGCACAAGGCGGUGAUUGCCUUCAGCUUGGGUCUCAACUUAGUGCAGAGUGCUCUCGGACUCACAGCAAUUCUCCAGUCCUGUUUGAUUUUCUGUUCGACGUCCCCAAUCGGAAUCGGCCUGGGCAUGUUGGCUGACGAAAUGGGCCACACACCAGAGUCAAUCUUGAUGAACGGCGUCCUGCAGGGAUUAGCAUGCGGCACUUUUAUUUAUGUAACGUUUUUUGAAGUGCUGCCCAGGGAACUGAGCAAUGGCAUCCAAAGAUUGCCCAAAGUACUCGCAGUGCUCAUCGGCUUCUCCUCGGUGUGCGGAGUUCUAUUUUUGGACCCAAGUUAAUUUUUUGAGUAAAUUAAUAUUUACUCGCCAGUUCUAGUGGCGGGCCAAUUGAGCUACCUCCUUUUUUGGAGUGGUGACGUGUUUAUAUUUUGAUAUUGCUACGACUGCUAUAACUUGAACAGAUAUGGACGUGACUAUUUAUUUUAUCAACAGUUUGGUGAAAAUUCAACCUACACAGAGGCCAUUUUAUCUUCAAUCCACCUGCAUUUUUGUUUAAUCAGUCAUUUAUUUUUCUUUGUCAAUCCCAUAGCCAUUUGAAAAGCUUUCAAUGCUAAGGCUGAAUAUAUUUUAUUAAAAUCUUUUUAAGUUCAUUAACACUGUGAUAAGGCAGCAUGAUAUUGUACAAUAAUACAGCUGGAUUAUUAUGUAUUUUAAUAAAGUUAUUUUACAUUAAGAAAA